AUGGCUGGAUAUUCGAACGAGGAAUGGAUUAGGGUUGAGCUGGAGCGGCAGGAGAGAGAAGAACUAAUCGAAGAGUGUUCCACCGAAGAAAGUAAAGAGGACGAUGCCUCUUUGCUAAAUGAUGACAACGUUCCCGAUGAGUUCUUUGCUGAAGAUGACGAUGAAGCAGAUCUAUUUCUACCCCAGAUUCCGUUAGAUUCGGACUCUCAUGACGAUAGAGAAUUUCUUCCGGAAAAAGAUGGAUAG